AUGGUUGUACACAAUCCUAACAAUUGGCAUUGGGUUGACAAGAACUGCUUUAAUUGGGCUCGUGAAUACUUCACCGAAAAAGUAGCAAACCUGAAUACCGGGGAGAUUGACGGCAAAUAUGCUGAAAUAAGCUCUUUAUCAUCGUUGGAAGGUGACUGUGAGGUAAAUCAACGUAAGGGAAAAGUUAUCUCGCUGUUCGACUUGAACAUGGUUAUGUUAAUUAAAGGCCAUGUGAAUGACCAACAGUUUGAAGGCAGCAUCACAGUGCCAGAGGUUGCGUUCGAUAGUGAUGAAGGCGACUACCAGUUUGAUAUCUCAAUUUACAAGGAAACCAGUCAAUUGAACGAAAUCAAACCAUUGAUUCGUGAGAGGCUUCUGCCCCGGCUGCGGGAGAUAUUCCAAAGAUUCAGCCAUGAUUUACUUGUUACGCACGGAAGUGACAUUCAGCUUCCUGAGGAUAGUGUCAACUCGACCUUCACCAAGGCAAACCAGCAGGGGAGUUUUGCAUCGUCGGCGGGAUCGAAAGAAUCGAAACCUUUACCCAGGAGUCAAGCUCCUAAGGUCGUCGGAGCCGCUACAACGGAGAAACCCAGUGUUUCGACAAGCGGCGGAAACACAACAUCAAUCCACCUUGAACCUACGUUCAAUGUCCCCGCGUCGGAGUUGUACCGAACUUUCGUUGAUAAGCAACGCAUAAUGGCCUGGAGCAAAUCUUUUGCUUGUCCAAAAGCUGGCAGUGGGCCAACGGUAGAUGUUGGUGAUGAAUUUGAGUUGUUCGGAGGCAACGUUACGAGCAGAUUGACACACGCCGAGAAAGAUAAGCAACUGGUCUUCACCUGGAGAUUGAGCGAUUGGCGCGACAAGGUUGAGUCAAAACUGAUCAUGGAAUUUCAUGAGUCUAAAGAAUACCAUGAGACAAAGUUGCAAGUCAACUGGACCGGUAUUCCACUGGGUGAAGAAGAUCGCGUUCGCGGUAACUUUGAAGAGUACUAUGUAAGAUCUAUCAAAAUUACCUUCGGUUUCGGUGCUGUUCUGUAA